GGGGACAAAAGCAGUUCAAUGCAGCUGUACUCCAGUAGAGAGAGAGACUCUCUCUCUCUCUAACUUCUCUCUCUAAAAAUUAAAACCAAGCCCCACACUUUUGCUUGAAUGCAUCCUCUCUGCUCCCAUUAAUGGCGCCAGCACCAAUCCCACCAUCCUUCGUCCCCCCCCAGCACUAGAUAGCUACGCUGCUCUCUCCUGCAGCGGGAGAGAACUCAAGCGGAGGUGAUGGCUGGAAAAGCUCUCCCAUUUCCCAAUCUGAGGCUUAUCAGGGCCUUCCUCUUGCUCGCAGCUUUACAAGGCCUUUGUACUUUGGAUAAGUUUGUCGUUCAUGGCUCUCCGCGGAUGCAUCUAGUGGAUUUGAAAGUUGCAGACAAGAAGGAUAAUCCACUUCUGCCAGAAAUAUCUCCAAAUAGUGCCCCUCAACCAUUAAUACCCCUUCUUGCUCCUUCACCCUUAGCACCAUUUCUGUACAACAGCAGACCAAAACUAUCAGGACAAUGUACGUUAAACUUUACUGCUGCUGACAGUUUGAUAAGGACAACUGCAGUUGAUUGUUGGACAUCUUUUGCUCCAUUUUUAGCCAAUGUAAUUUGCUGCCCCCAGUUGAGGUCCACUGUACAAAUUCUUAUAGGACAAUCAAGCAAAGAAACCGGGUUGCUUGCUUUGGGUGGCACACAUGCUAAUUAUUGCCUAUCGGAUGUUGAGCAAAUUCUAGGAAGCCAGGGUGCUAGUUAUGAACUUCAGAAAAUUUGUUCGAUCCACCCAUCAAAUCUUACUGAAGGGUCCUGCCCUGUGAAGGAUAUCAAUGAGUUCGAGAGUAAUGUUGAUUCUUCUCAACUUCUAGCUGCUUGCAAGAAGGUUGAUGCUGUUAAUGAAUGCUGUAGCCAAAUAUGUCAGAAUGCAAUACUUGAAGCUGCAACGAAGAUUUCAUUGAGGGAUGGUGGUUUACCGAGCAUGGAUAUUGCUCGUAGUUUGCCUGAGCAUUCAUCAAGGUUGGAGGACUGCAGAAAUGUUGUCCUCAGAUGGAUUUCAAGUAGGAUUGAUCCUCUAUCUGCUAAUAAAGUACUUAGAAGGAUAUCUAACUGCAAUGUGAAUGGAGCUUGUCCUUUGGUUUUUCCAGAUACAAUAGUUGUCGCAAAAGAGUGUGGAAAUGUUAUCAAGAACCAUACAGCAUGUUGUCAUUCUAUGAGCAAAUAUGUUUCUCAUUUGCAAAAGCAAAGUUUCAUAACCAACCUACAAGCAUUGGAUUGUGCUGCCAAGCUUGGGCAUCAGUUGCAGAAGAUGAAUGUCAGCACCAACAUUUAUACAUCCUGUCAUAUUACUCUAAAAGACUUUUCACUUCAAGUUGGAACUCAAGAGUCUGGAUGCCUCCUGCCAAGUUUGCCUUCAGAUGCAACUUUUGAUCCUUCUGCAGGGAUUAGUUUCACUUGUGAUCUUAAUGAUAAUAUUGCUGCCCCUUGGCCUUCUGCAUCUCUGGCACCUUCAUCUUCCUGCAAUAAGACUGUUAGGAUGCCAGCACUGCCAGCUGCAACUUCUUCACAGACUGAUGGAGAUAGAAGAGAAGUGAAACUCCAGCAGCUAAUUAUUAUGUGUUUGGCUUUUAUGAUGCUCAUCAUAUAAUUUAAAAUAAAGGUGAUUUUUGUUGGUAAUCUGGCAUGAUUCCUAUUGAUCCUUGUAAAGAAAGAAGUCCAAAAUGAGGAAAUCUAAGCGUUGUAAGUAUUAGUAAGCUCUAUAACUAUUAUGAAUUCCUUAAAGAUCAUUCUUUUUCUUUUUUUUUCUUUUUUGGUUAUCAUGAUCAAAUGUAUAUUUAAAUUGAUCAAUAAAAGCACAUAUUUCUUCAAA